AGCUGAAAAUUUUCAGCCAUUGUCGUUUACUAGACAACGCAUGUCCCGGGACCUUGUUGGGCUGCGUUUGUUUACCUUUCGUUUUCUUCAAUCCAUCCAUCCAUGGCCGAUUCAUACUCUACCCUUUUCUCUUUGUACUGAUUCAUAUAUAUAUUUUCAUAUACAGAACUACACAGCUCAUUCAUGGUGGUCCAUUUUUUCAUUUUUAUUUAUAAAUCUCAAUCAUCAAAACCAACAAUUAGAUAAUGAUGUCAAUGUAGGCCUGCAAGUCUGCAACACCCUUUUUCUUUCCCGUUGUCUCCCCCAUUUUCAGGCUUUCAGCCAACAACACGUUUCUCAUGCCCAUAACCUGUUUGAUACUUUCCCUCUGAGAGAGAAGAAGAAGAAAAGUGUGUUCUUUGGAUGAUGAAGAAGGGUUCUGAUUUAGAUGAUGAUAGAGUUGUAAUUGUUGCUGUGAAAGCAGGUAAAGAGAUUUCAAGAACAGCUUUAGUAUGGGCUUUAACUCAUGUUGUUCAACCUGGGGAUUCUGUCAAGCUGAUUGUCAUCUUACCUGCAAACACUUCAAGGAAAUGGGGGAUUCCAAAAUUUAGUAGUGAUUGUACUGCUGGUGGUCAAUGGACUUCCAUUUUAGGAACAUUAUCUGAACAGAAGGAGUAUAUUACAGAUACUUGUUCUCAAAUGAUGAUUCAACUUCAUCAUGUUUAUGAUUCAAACAAGACAAAGAUUAAAUUAAAAGUGGUAUCGGGCUCACAAUGUGGAUUAGUUGCUGUUGAAGCUAAGAAAGUUAAUUCGAGUUGGGUUAUAUUAGACAGAGGUUUGAAGAAAGAAGAACAACAUUGUUUGGAACAACUUGAAUGUAAUAUAGCUGUAAUGAAACGGUCUCAACCCAAAGUGAUUCGUUUGAAUUUACUUGGAUUGUCCAAGACAGGACAAAUGGAUGAAGAAGAACAGAGUAGUAUCGUUUUACCAGUCAGUUCAGAAUCUAAACAAGAACAUUCUUCAACUCGAGUUCCAAACGUGACACCCGUUAGCAGCCCGGAGCAUACCUCCUUCAGUACAACCGAUGUCGGGACAUCAUCGUUAUCAAGCUUGGAUAUUAACGGUUCGCCGUUCUUGAUAUCUGAAAUCAAUUGGGAUCUCAAGAAAGAAGGAACAAGACUAAACCUUUAUGAAGAAGAAGAAGAAUCUGAUUCUGAACCUGAUUGUUCUCCUUCAACGAGUUUAUCAUCUUCAUCGCAGUCAUGGAUGACGAAAUUAGGAUUUGACGUGAAUUUAGAGAAGAAAGUUAGGGAUGUUAUAUCGUUAUCAAGAAACCCACAGUCAGAAUCACCUCCAUUAUGUUCGAUAUGUCAAGAGAAAGCGCCUGUCUUCGGGAAACCGCCGAAUUGGUUCUCUUUUAUCGAGCUUGAACACGCCACAGAUGGGUUUUCUCAAUCGAAUUUCUUGGCUGAAGGAGGGUUUGGUUCAGUACACCGUGGUGUUUUACCAGACGGACGAAUGAUCGCCGUGAAGCAAUAUAAGUCUGCUAGUAGUUCUCAGGGUGAUCGAGAAUUCUGCUCGGAAGUGGAGGUCUUGAGCUGCGCUCAACAUCGCAAUGUGGUGAUGCUGAUUGGAUUCUGUGUGGAGGAUAGAAGAAGAUUGCUUGUAUAUGAAUAUGUUUGCAAUGGCUCUCUUGAUACUCAUCUUUAUGGACAUAGUAAGGCUAUCUUAAAAUGGUCUUCGCGAAAAAAGAUUGCAGUUGGAGCUGCUCGAGGUUUGAGAUACCUUCACGAAGAAUGUAGAGUUGGUUGCAUAAUUCAUCGUGAUAUGCGACCAAACAAUAUCCUUCUUACUCACGAUUUCGAACCAUUGGUUGGAGAUUUUGGAUUAGCAAGAUGGCAGCCGGAUGGGGAUUUGGGCGUUGAAACCAGAAUCAUUGGAACUUUCGGGUACUUGGCUCCAGAAUAUACUCAAAGUGGGCAAAUAACAGAAAAAGCGGAUGUGUAUUCGUUUGGAAUUGUUUUGGUAGAGCUUAUAACAGGAAGAAAGGCGGUUGAUAUCAGUAGGCCGAAAGGGCAACAAUGUUUAACCGAAUGGGCUCGGCCUUUGCUGAAGAGACUAGCGAUCAAGGAAUUGAUCGAUCCGAGGCUAAUAAACGAAGAGUAUUCCGAGAUUGAGAUUUUUUCCAUGAUUCGAUGUGCUUCAUUGUGCAUAAGGAGGGAUCCUCAAUUAAGGCCUAGAAUGUCUCAGGUGCUCCGGUUGUUGGAAGAGGACACUACUGUUGGUUGAACUUUGAAGAACACAAAAUGUGCAGCUCAAAUAUGUUUUUUGUUUGAAAUACAUUGCUUUGCCUUUUUUAUUUUUCAGUUCUGUUUAUAGUGUGGACUGAAAAUUAUAUGUAAUGUAAUGAUAUGACUAGCAAUAGAAGUUGGAGUUAGGGCUGAUAAUUGAGU